AUGUCCGACCAACUAGCGGAUCAGUUGAAAGCUACUAGUCUGAGCUCAGGCCCGGAAGACUGGAAAAAGGGUCUUAACCUACCUGCCAGGGACACAAGACAACAGACCGAGGAUGUUACAAACACGAGGGGUCUGGAUUGGGAAGACUUCAUACACGACAGGGAUCUCUUGAUGGGCAUUUUCGAGGCUGGCUUCGAGAAACCGUCCCCAAUUCAGGAGGAAGCGAUCCCCGUUGCCCUCACCGGCCGAGACAUCCUCGCACGCGCAAAGAACGGCACCGGCAAGACCGCCGCUUUCGUCAUUCCCGCCCUCAACAAGAUCAACCCCAAGGUCUCCAAGAUCCAAUGUCUUAUUCUCGUUCCCACCCGUGAGCUUGCCAUGCAGACAUCCCAAGUCUGCAAGACGCUCGGCAAGCAUCUCGGCAUCAACGUCAUGGUGACAACCGGCGGAACUGGCCUGCGGGACGACAUUGUGCGUCUGCAGGACCCAGUCCACAUCGUUGUCGGAACACCAGGUCGUAUCCUCGAUUUAGCUGGCAAGCAGGUGGCCGAUCUCAGCGAGUGCCCAAUGUUCAUCAUGGACGAGGCUGAUAAGCUCCUGUCACAAGAGUUUACCCCCGUCAUUGAGCAGCUUCUGCAGUUCCACCCCAAGGAUCGUCAGGUCAUGCUGUUCUCCGCCACUUUCCCUCUUUCGGUCAAGGAUUUCUCGGACAAGAACAUGACCAGCCCGUACGAGAUCAACCUCAUGGACGAGCUUACCCUCCGCGGUAUCACCCAAUACUAUGCCUUUGUUGAGGAGAAGCAAAAGGUUCACUGCCUGAACACUCUGUUUUCCAAGCUUCAGAUCAACCAGUCCAUCAUUUUCUGCAACUCUACCAACCGCGUCGAACUGCUUGCCAAAAAGAUCACUGAGCUUGGAUACUCGUGCUUCUAUAGUCAUGCCAAAAUGGCUCAGCAGGCGAGAAACCGUGUCUUCCACGACUUCCGCAACGGUGUUUGCCGUAACCUGGUCUGCUCGGAUCUCCUCACCCGUGGUAUUGACAUUCAGGCAGUGAACGUCGUCAUCAACUUCGAUUUCCCCAAGAACGCCGAGACGUACCUCCACCGUAUUGGUCGUUCUGGUCGUUAUGGUCACCUUGGUCUUGCUAUUAACUUGAUCAAUUGGGAUGACAGAUUCAACCUUUACAACAUUGAGCGCGAUCUUGGUACUGAGAUCCAGCCCAUUCCUCAGACCAUUGACAAGAGCCUCUACGUGUACGAGAACCCCGAAUCGAUUCCCCGGCCCAUCUCGACCUUCAAGCCUAUUGCCCAGCAGCCGCAACAGCAACUGCAGCAGUCGCAACGGCCUCAACAGCCCACCAACUACCAGAACAACCGCGGGCAGCCCGGUAGCAGUGGGCCCCGUGGAGGUCGUGGACGUGGUUUCCAGGGCCAGGGAGGCCGUCAGAACCAGAAUUACGGUGGUCAGCGCGGUCCUCGUACCCAAGGUCAGGGCCAGCCUCAGGGUCCACUGUCUGCCCAGUAG